UGACAUAAACGUCAUGGUAUGUUUUGGUUCUUGCCAGCUGACACCCAGGAAACUAGAACAUCGAAGAAAAAAGAUUUGGAUUGUAAAUUUCUAAGCAUUUCACACGGAAAGGACUAACACCGUCACAAUAUUUGAUAUUCUUGCUACAACCGUGCUUGGAAAAUAAUUGACGUAGAGGUUAGAUUAGGCUGCAAUCAUCUGAGAAAAACAAAAAUGGGGCGUAUCUUCCUGAGACACAUAGGAGGAACACGCCUAUUUUCUUGUGCCAGCUGUGACACAUCCCUUACCAACAGGGCAGAACUGAUAUCCACACGUUUCACAGGAGCAACUGGACGAGCCUUCCUGUUUAACAAGGUUGUAAACCUCAACUAUAGCGAGGUACAGGAUCGGGUGAUGCUGACCGGCCGACACAUGGUCCGUGAUGUGUCCUGCAAGAAUUGCGAUGCCAAACUAGGAUGGAUCUAUGAGUUUGCCACAGAAGACAACCAGCGCUACAAGGAAGGUCGAGUUAUCCUGGAACGUGCCCUCGUUACGGAGAGUGAGGGAUUUGAAGAGCAUGUUGGACAUGAUAGUUGAACUUACUCAUCCUUCAGUCUCUGUAAAUAACUCAUGUCUGUGUGGGAUGUAUAAUGCACAGCAGAAUGAAGCCGAUCCAGGGGAUGUUAUUAAAAUCCAUGAUGUUUUUAUUGAUUGGCCAUUUCCAUAAAGUUGUCUUGGCGAUGUUUUGCUGCUAUCAUGGUAUGGAAGCCCCAUCAGUGAUUGGUUGGUAGAUAUGUACAGCUGUACAUAUAGAUCACACCUAUUACUAGUGCUUGUACAGGUUCUAACAUCACAGGUUAACUUCACAAGGUCAGUGAAGGUCAAAGGUCAGCACUGCUGUCCCUCUGGUGGAUAAAGCAGCCCUUUGUCUAUUUUCAAGCUGUUUGUAGUUCUAGAGAAAUAACUUCUUUCACAAAAUGUAACCUUUUUGUAGUGAAGAAUAUAAUUGUGAUAGUAUCCAGGAUUCAAGCUAUUGUUUUUGUACCUGAGUGUAUGGCUUUUUAGAAGUGGUAUUUGAACCUUGUUGAUUUGUCGUAUUUAUUUGAUAUUUAUUUCUCUAUUGUAUGGUAUGGAUAUUAGAUCAAAUUCUAUCAUGUACUAGAUCAUAUCAAAACCAUAGAUACAAAAAUUUAAAAAUUCAUUUUUGAUAUUUUUCCAACAAAUAUUUUUUAUAGGGUGUUGGUGAUGAGAACCACAUGUUGAGAUUGUACUCCAGGGUGAACUAAAUCUUCUGUAAUUCACAACCACAUGGGCUUUAUCCCUGUAGAAAGUCAAGGUGUAGUGUAGUUUUGUGAAAUUAGAUAAUUAGAUAAUGAUAAUAGAGUUCUAUAUACCACAGUUAUAUCCAAGCAACAGAGCCAUCUCAAAGCAGUUCACAAGUUAUUAUCUGAUGUAUCGGUAUGGGUCGUGUGAUGGGAGAGGAUCUUGUAUAUGAUAUGACUUUUUAUUGGUACUAAAUGGGGUCUCUUUAUUUCCAUGUCAAACGCUGUGCAAAGGACAUUUGGAUUUCAGUAAAAAUAUUUCUCCUGAGAUGUUAAACCAGCAUAUUCUGUCAGAUUGUCUCAAUCUGUACAACUUCAUUGAUUAGAGGGAUCAAGCUAGAUUUGAGGUAAAUGAGCUUUUUGGGAAAUUUGACCUUAGAAAAGUAUUUCUUGUGAUUCUUAUGAAGUUGUUAUAUAUGAUUAGAAAUGUGUUUAUUUUUUUAAGAAUUUACCAUUUUCCGAAAGAAAUUAGGAUGAAGAUUUUGAUCAAAACAGAAAAGGGAAACUUGUCAAAAUUGGAGAAUCUUCAAAAUAAAAUUCUGAUAUUAAGAAGAAAUCGCCCUUCACACAUGUACAAGGCUAGGUAUAUAUGGCCUAGAUUAAUUAAUCUCUGUCACAAUGUUGUGUUUAUUCUUUCUUUCACCCAACAUCAGUUGAGAAGUAAGUUUUUCUGUGUAAAUUGUGUACAGAAACAUUGUGAUUUAAAGCUAGAUAUAUCAUAAUGUGAUAUGUAGUUUUACUGGAUAAUAAUGCAGUAUUCUGUACUACUUUUAUUAAAAAACAAAUUGUUGAAUUAUUGUUCUUUGACAUUUUAAAAUUUUAGAAUUAAUGUUUUAAUUAGCAUAGUACUUACUUGUACCCAUAUGGUACUUAAUCGUAGAGAUAAUAGAGUUACAGUUGAUAUUUAUUGCCUUUUACCUUAUAAUUAAACAUCAAACUGAAAUAUAACAAUCAGUGCUAUUUAUAAUGGUUAACAAUGUUGAAGGGUGAUUUCCGGAAAAUACAGGUUUUGUAACAUGAGAAGGUAAUCAAUCCCUUUAAAGAACCAGACAAAACUCCUACAAAAUUGUCAGUUGCAUUCAUAACUAAUGCUAUAUUGUACUGAUAAUUUACAAUGAUUGUCUCCCUUGUCAUGGAUUGUGGCGGUUUGGAAUGUUUGACUUUUGAAUAUAUUGUUUCAGUAUAAUCUCUUAUCAAUUGUUACAUUCAACUGUCGACUUUUGUGGUUGUAGCUAUAAAUUUGUUGUACUGUCAUAGAUAUAUUGGAUAUAAUUUUAAAGUAAACCAUUUUCUACCUUUUUCCCUGGAUCUCCCAUCUGAUAUAGUAGUCAGAUCAAUGUCCAUGGUUUUAUCAUCGAUUCAUAUGUCCUUAACAAGCUGUUGUUAAUGCUAUGGCUGUAAAAGUACUGGAGAGAUCUUUUAACCCAUGGUCUGCAGUUUCAUGCAUAGUGAAAUUUUAGGAGUGAUUGGAAUCACUUUUCUUCAGAAAUAAUUCACAGGUCCUUUUCUCAAAUUUUCCACAUUUUACCGUGCUGUCCAGAAACAGGAUGACAAUUAUAUAUUGAGCUAUAAACUAUUAUUUGUUAUAUCUCAGAAAGUACAUGUACAAAAAGGAUAUAAAUUUUGCUCACUCAUAUUGUCAAUAGAACAUUUAAUUUGGUGAAAGAACAAAGAACUUUUUAUAUAAAUCCAGCAAAGGUCUAGCUUCAGAGAAAAGAGGAGAAAUAUGUCUACAUGUAUAGAACCAAUGAAGAUAGUACAAUGGUCGGUACCAGUAAUAUCUGUCUUGUUAUAUAAUGUCAAACUGGAAGGCAUAUGAUGCAUGUAGAUCACAAUCCUUAAACAAAGUUAGAAAGUACAGAUAUGUAUUGAAAUAAAAAUCUACACCCCAGAA